AUGGGCUCAAUACAACGCCCCGUUCGCAUUGCGAACUGCAGCGGAGCUGUUCCAGAUCCAGGAACACAUAUGCAAGUCAUCAAACAUACAUACCUAACGACCCUUCAAUCUAAUCCCAAAAAUCCCAGGUACAACCAAGCCAAAUACGGGCCUGUUGACGUAAUAACAGGCGACUACCUCGCAGAAAUCAAUCUCGGAAACGACGCAGAAGCCUAUCAAAAAGGCGAACAUCCAGGCUGGUGUCAAACCGCCUGGGACGGAAUCGAAUUAACAGCCGACCUCAUCGCAGAAAAACGUAUCAAAGUCGUGAUCAACGGAGGGUCCUUGAACCCCAAAGGUCUCGCUUUGAAAGUGAAUGAUUUGGUAAGAUCGAAGAAUUUGGAUUUGACGGUAGCUUACGUUGAAGGCGAUGAUUUGUUGCCGAGGAUCGAGGAAAUUUUGAAGAGAGAUGAGGAGAAAGGUGGGUUGGCGCAUCUUGAUACGAAUCAUCCGAAGGUGGAGUUGGCGAAAGAUACGAGUGUGUUCUUGGAUCCAGAGAAUCGGGAACGGAAUCGGAUAGUUUCUGCGAAUGCGUAUCUUGGUGGGAGAGCGAUUCGGAAAGGGUUGGAAGAGGGCGCUGAUAUUAUCAUUUGUGGGAGAGUUGCGGAUGCGAGUCCGGUAAUUGGUGCAGCGGCUUGGUGGCAUCAAUGGCGCGAUGACGACUUCGACGCUCUAGCCGGAGCGCUCAUCGCAGGACAUUUGAUCGAGUGUUCGACUUACAUCACAGGAGCGAAUUUUGCCGGAUUCUACGAAUAUGAGAUUCCGGAACUUUUGAAUUUGAUCCCGGCGAUUGUGGAAGUUGAGGCGAAUGGUGAUUGUAUUGUGACGAAACACGAAGGGCCGAAUGGAUUUGUGACGGCUGAUACUGUCAAGUGUCAGUUCUUGUAUGAAUUGCAAGGGAAUAUUUACCUGAACUCGGAUGUCAAAGCGGAUACAACGCAUAUCAAGAUCGAAGAUGUGGGGAAGGAUCGUGUGAGGGUGUCUGGCACGAAAGGGCACCCGCCUCCUUCUACGACGAAGUUGGCUGUGUUCUAUAAGGGCGGGUAUCAGUGUGAGUUGCUACUCAAUGCUUCAGGGUAUGCUACCGCGAAGAAGUUUGCUCUGCUAGAAGCGCAGAUCACAGCCAAGCUCAAGGAAUGGGGUGUGCUUCACAAGUUUGACAUCUUGGACUUCCAAUGGGUCGGUCGGCCAGAAGAAAAUCCGUCUUGUCAGCUUGCGUCCACGACAUAUCUCCGAGUCUUCGCACAAGCACAUGAUCGAGGCAUUGUGGCGAUGGUAUUAGGUGCGUACGCCACGAAUGCCAUGCAGCAUUUCGCCGGCUUCCACAGUUCUUUGGACAUGCGCACCGGUAUCCCGAAACCUUUCAUCGCCUUCUAUCCCGGCAUCAUAGAGCAAGCUGAGCUGAAGGAAGGUGUGGCCAUCAUCAACCCAACAACAGCAGAAGCGACUUGGCAUGGAAUCCAUCCGCCAAAGGAGACCGAGAUCUUGGCGCCUCGGGAAGACUACGAGCCAACAAAUCCAGUAAGCUUAGAGGCAUUCGGCGAAACCGUGAUGGCUCCCAUCGGUGAUGUCGUGUUGGGACGUAGUGGUGAUAAGGGCGCCAACGUGAACAUUGGUCUCUUCGUGCACACUGGUGAAGAGUGGGAUUGGCUUCGAACGCUCAUGACCAAGGACCAGCUCAAGAAGAUGAUGGGCACCGACUGGAAAGACUGGUAUCAUCUCGAAAGAGUCGAGAUGCCAGACAUCAAAGCCGUGCACUUUGUUGUGUAUGGACCGCUUGGGAGAGGCGUGACCAGUAGCAAGAUUCUUGAUGCCCUCGGGAAAGGCUUUGCAGAAUUUAUUCGUGCGGUCCACGUGCCGAUUCCCAAGAAGUUCCUUGAGAGUGGCAGGCCGAGGCUGUGAGAACGAUCUGUAGCAUUCCAUUAUGCGCGACAGCUUAUUGCAAGCUUGAGAGGCACUUGUCGUGAUGGAGGUACGUGAGCGUUGUACGUCUCGGGCUUAGACUGGACGCCGUGUUGCGAUUCUUGGCGGAGCUGAAUGUUUAGCCUCACAGUAGUGAGGGCCAGCAGUAGCACUUCACAGCCAAGCAUUUCUCGGCUGAGCAGCGAGGUGCACAUGAAGGAGCACCAAAAUCGCACUGCAACGCG